AAAAGGUCGUCUGAAGGUUAUAGCACAUUCCUAAAGUUUGCGGUGUCUUGAAGUGGCAUAAUGUAAACUCAGUGCGAUGGGCAAGGCUAGUCAUGUAACUCUGAGCCUUUGGCCCAGGGCAGAACCGUUCGCAUACGGUAUCUUUCAAGUUCAUCCUCAUCCAAGACUUGCUGUUCAUAACAUCAAAAAGCUUGUUACUUAUGCAAAAAACAAAAGUAAAACUGGAUCAAGAUUAAGUUAUUCUGUUUGGAAACAUGUAGCAUGUAAUAAGCUUCAGCUAACUGAGGAUUUGGCUUGGGUCCUCUUCCACACAUGCUUAACUAUGUCGGCGACACAAUAUGAUAAGCUUAAGGAUGUUGAUGAAAGGAUAUUUACUGCAGCAAAUUCAGCAGAUGCCGGUAGUUACAUGUUUUCAGAUCUACAUGGUUUAUAGAGAGGAUUCGUACUUCACAAUCCGUUAAUUUGUUCACAUUUGUACUCUUUCUGUACAUACAACAAAUAAACAAGAUAUCACUGCGAGCUUCAGCAGUGUCAGCCAAUGCUGAGUGGCCUGGUAAUUACAGUCGUUCAUCCGAUUUGGAUUCAGGUCGUUCAACUCCUAUCAGACUAUGUCGCAAUCUAGAUGAGCAAUAUCAUUUUCAAUUUAUCAGUGAAAAUUUGAAUGAAAUGCUUGAUCUCCUUGUUGAACCCGAUAACCAAGGUGGAAAUAGUAUGGAUGCAACAUUGUCUGAAGGUGCUGUCGAAGCUUUGGAUCUUAUUUUGGAAGGAUCAGCUGAUGAAGGAAGGACGCUUAAUUCAUUUUCAGAACUUGUCCAUAUACCAACAAUUCUUCCAGCAACUGGUUAUUCCAAGGUUACACAUGCUUUCCAUUUACGUGGCCUUCUUUCUUGGAUACGUUCAUGGUUAACACAAAACCCGUUUUCGGUUGAAAACUGUAUUCGAAAUGGUCGACGUUUACAGUGGCGUCUUCCUCAUCAGGUUGUUUUGGACAAUGAGUCUGGUUUGAACAAUACUCAGCAACAGCCACAGAAUGAUAUCAUAAAGCGUCAGAAGAUUGCAACAAACGCACACCAAGUUCCACGAACUGGAGGUCACAGUGGAAACAAACUGGUUGUCAUGUCGAUGAUUUCUCGCCAAAUUAUUGCUCGCAGUUCUGCUACACUUGAUGGUGCUACUCUUAAAAUACAUCGUGCCCAUUGUAGUUAUUUAUAUCUCUUGUCACCGAUGAGGUCUGUUACACUAGAUAAAUGUCGCAAGCUGACCAUUGUUUUGGGACCGAUUGAAAACACUCUCCAACUUAACCAUUGUGAAGACUGUUUGGUUAUUGCAGCCUGUCGUCGUGCUGUCUUGGCUUACUGUCGUCGGUGCACAUUGCAUUUAGCUAUACAAUCCCGUCCAAUAUUGAUUCAGCCCCCUGUUCCAAACACUAUCAGUGGAUCUAUGAUUAUUUCAAAUAUUCCUGGAAAUAAUUCGGGUACAAAUACUUCUACCCCAGGCACCCCUACGCCUGGUAGUGUAGCACUGGUUGGUAAUGAAGAAAUCUUGUUGGCUCCCUUUCAUACAACGUAUAUGAAACUUGUAGAUCACCUGAACAAGGUGAACCUUAGUCCGAAAGUGAAUUAUUGGGAUCGUCCAUUUUUGUUGGGACAAGAUUCCAGUCGUCAAGACUCAUCUCAACAAUCAUCCAGAGUUCGUUGCUGGGACUUACUACAACCCGCCCAUUUUUAUCCGUUUAAUAUUCCACUUUUGCUCUCUACUCGAGGUGAAAGUAUGGACCGCAACCCGAUCGGUGAAAAUUAUACUCGUUCUGAAAAAGCUGUUCCUAAUGGUAAUCCUCAAACGGCUAACUGUCUGGAUUUGAGCGCAUCACUUAUAACGAAUACGUCCAGAUACUUUGGCGAUUCAGAUGAAAGACGUUUAGAGAACUAUAUUUCCAUGGCUAAUAACAUUUUACCAAUUCCAUUGCCUUCCGCUUAUUUAGUUGCUUUACAUGAAAGGGCUGGAGCUUAUCAUAAGUGGCCUCAACAUGUUAUGAAUGCAAGGUUAACCCUUGAUCAACGUCAUAGUUUUAGCACCGUUGUGGAUCAGAGAUUUCGACAAUGGUUGAUAGAAUCAGGCAAUUUGCGUCAAUUACAACUCCUAGAGCUAAGCACAGGUCACGUGAAUCCAGUACCAUCUUGCAAUCCUACUGCUUAUUCUGUCGACAAAAAUGUUGCUCCUAUGUCUGUGAGUUCUACAUUUCAAAGCCAUGCAGAUCGAUCAGAUCAUGGGGUUCAUAGUUCUUAUGCUGAUGGUCACAUAAGCAAUUCUAUUCGGAGUGGCUGCCUUCUCACUCGGUCAAAUAAUGAAAAUCAGUUUGCUACCAACGAUGAUGAUGCUGAUGGCAUAUGAUAGUAAUUCGUAAUUUUUCAAGUAUUAUACAUUCCAGUAUUUUUCUCAAUCCAUAAUUGUUACGUCUUUUGGUUCAACCGGAAAAGUAAUAUAAUCUCAGUUUAAGCUAUCAUCUGUGAUCAUUUAUAUUGUUACUGUUUGUUUAAGACAUGUACUCAUUGUUACCUUAAAAGGGACAUUUGAUUUUUUCCGAAUGUAAUUCUUUGAAUUUUUAUGGGUCACAUUUUCUUGAAACUUUAAAUUAGUUUACCAACGUAAAAAAUGUUUUAUUGCUUGUUAUAUCAUAAAAUUAUUUUGGAUUCCCAAUUUUGACGUACUUUUUCCGGAUCCUUACUUCUUAAUACCUAAUUGUACUGAUGUACUUUGGUCUCAUCAGUUGGCUAAUGUUGUAUGCUUUAGCUAUAAAUGUGACUUAAUUAUUAAUUACAGAAACAUGUUUACUGUUAAAACGUUCAAUAUAAUCGCUUUAUUUAACUGUUCACCUUUGAGUUCUUAUGCACAAUUGAUCUAACAUGUAAUUUAAUGCUUAUGUUAUCUUUUGUACAUGUCAGGUACUAUUGUAAUAAACGAAAACAGUUGGGAUCGAUCAAAUGUAUUUGAACACAAAA